AUGGGGAUCGUUGUGGGCAUCCUGUGGGAGCCUUCCACGCCAGCCACGGGCGAGACAGCGGGAGAGGCCACGGCUGACUCUGCGAAAACGAACGCGAAGCCGCCGCUUUCUCGGUCCCUGCACGCCGUGGACGUGGGCGGGCCGGGCUGCGGCGCUCACAGGUACCUGUCGCCGACGCACGCCGUGUCGGGUUUCCACCUGGCGUGCAUCGAGGAGGAAGCGGGUUCGAGCGGCGGCGGUGACGGCGUGGUGUCGGUGACGCUAUUCCGGGACGGGCGGGGCGAGGGGAACCAGACCCUCGCGCUGCAGACGCCUCCCGACAGCAGCAGCGCCACGAACGUGCUGCAUGUCGAGCUGACGGAGAGGCUCAGGCUUGACGACGUCGGCCCGAAUCCCCCCAACAAGUUCCCGUGGGCCAUGUACACCCCCGACGGGCAGCGGCGCAUCUCGUCGCUGGAGGACGCCAUCGCCAGCAGACUCGUCUUCAUCUUCAAAGGGGGGAACUUCAUCUGGCCGGGGGUGGAGGUGGGACACGUCCAGACAGUGCACGGCCUUGAGACGUUGGGCUCGAUCGACAUGAAGACGCUGUCGAUGGAGCCGCUCGUAUUCGAGGCAAGAAACUUCCUCCUCGACGAGGAAUGCAAGCACAUCAGGGAAAAAGCCGACCCGCACAUGAAACCCUCGCCGGUUUCGCUCAUGGACCACGAUAAGGGCAAGCCGGACACCAACUGGAGAACAAGCACCACCUACUUCAUGCCCUCCACGAGGGACCCCCUCCUGCAGGGCAUCGACAGAAGGGUGGAGGAGUUCACACGCGUCCCCAAGUCCCACCAGGAACAGGUGCAGGUGCUUAAGUACGACAAGGGGCAGCGGUACACGGCGCACCACGACUUCUUGGACGAGCGGACGAUGAGGAACAUGGACGGCGGCCGGAAGAACAGGAUGAUAACCGUCUUCUGGUACCUGAGCGACGUGGAGGAGGGUGGGGAGACCAUCUUCCCGAGGUACGGCGGCCGCACCGGCCGCGUGGACUUCUCGGACUGCACGACCGGGCUCAAGGUCAAGCCGGUCGAGGGGAAAGUUGCCAUGUUCUACUCGUUGAAACCUGACGGGCAGUUCGACGAUUUCAGCCUUCACGGGGCUUGUCCUGUCAUUACCGGUCAAAAAUGGGCCGCAAACAAGUGGGUCUGGUCGGCACCGGUGAAGUUCGGCUGA